AUGGCUUUUCCUCUUCCUCGGGGCAUCACAGCCUCAGAGAUCGCCUUCCUGGCGGAGAUGGAAACAGUGACAAUUGUGCCUCGCCAACGUCUAGAAGGCCUCGAACUACUAGGAGGCCCUGUUGAAGCUCUCGUCCCACCCCGACGCGCCUCCCUUCCCCUUUGGCUCGCACUCCUCCUCAAACGUCAACGCCGCGCAAACAUCAUCCCACCAACAUGGCUACACCCUGAGCCAUUAUCUCUCAUCCUCGAAUUCGAGUCCCAGCACCAAGACUACAAAAAUGCUUUCUCCCCACCUCCUCCCCUACCCGGCCAACCCAGCAUUCUAGAACCCGACGUCAUACCAUCUGCUCGGCCGCAGUAUACACCAGAUGGCAAUCGGUAUUAUGCGGCGCCGCCCUUCCUACCACAAAACACAGCCCAGACCGUGACGACUUCGCGGGAUCCUCUUUCAUUACCGUUCCACUGGGUUGAGGUUGGUAAUAUGCUGCUUGAGGCUGCGAGCGAUGAUCUCGUGGACCCGGAUCAAAUACGGAGACUGCUGAAGGACCUGCGUGAGGUGCGCAUGGCGAAAAUGCGGUCUGGUGUUGAUGUGCUGGAUGCUGCGGCGACUGGGGGUGGUGGUGUUUCUUUAACGGGUGUCGGUUCUAUGGAGUUGGGAGAGGAGCGAGGGUUUAUUACUGGCGUGGUGGAUGGUCUUAGGAGAAUUGGGUCCUCCAAGGAACAGGCCAGGCGUGAACAAAUGGCCGAGCAGAGAGCAAACGGUGGCUACGAUGGCACCCAGGACGAUGAAGAAGAGGAUUACAUGGAGUUCUAA